AUGAAUACGAACGGUUUGGGGAACAAUGGUGAAAAUGGAAUAAGCAAAAAAAGAAGGGGCAGCAAGAAGGGGAACAAGUUGAUCGACCUCAACGCCGAUGACAACAUUUCAAAUCCAUGGUUCAAAAAUAAACAAAAUAGUAAGAUUUUUAGGGUUUUUGUUGAUGUCCUAAUAAGGUGGGGCGGGAUGUUUUGAAAAAAUGAAAAAAAUCUAUGUUUUGAAUUUUCAAAAAAUUACUAUUAACAUCGUUCUUUUUGACAAUUUUUUAUUUACCAUUUGUGCAAAUUGACGUAGGUAUAGCUCAAACAAAAAAUAUACCCUAAAUAUAUAAUCAAAAUCCGAGAAGUUUAAAAACGCGUUUGCAAGUAUGUUUUUUUUGAAUUUGUACUUAAUGGAGCCAUAAAAACUUGUGAUAGGUAGGAAUAGCAGAUAUCUUUUCUGGUCAAGUCUUUCUUUUUCUCUUUGGGAUUAAUUACCUUUGAUAACCUCACGUUUUUACGAUUUCCUGAUGAUUUUUCUUCCAGGUUUAGAUGAAAUGGAUGUGUCAAAACAAAGUUGUGCCCAGCAUAAUGGAAAGGUAACGUAUUUUUUCCGUCCUUAUCGCGAGGUCAAUCAAAAAUUAAGAUGAAUUAAAAAUAAUUAUUUUCAAUUUCGUUUUAGGUCACUAACGGGACAAAAUUAGCGGACGCUGAACAGGCUUGGCCUAGUCUAAAAGAGGCAGUCCAAGAGGAAGCCGUCUUAAAUGGAGUGUGCCAGAAUGGACUUGUCCACAAACAGGUGAGGAAGCGGGUGUAACCAAGAGGAGGGAGAUUCGAUGACAUUCAACAGCUGCCUUUUGUAAAGAAAUCGUCGCUUUGGAGGGGGUUUGCGACAUUUUUAUUAGGAGCUUUUCGAAUAUCAUAAUCUCCUUUUCUCAUUGGUAUGUCCUAAAAACAGAAUGUUUUCUUACCUCGAAAUGUUUGGUACUUGGUCUUUCCGAGGACAUGAACCUCCUGAACUUUCUGUUUCUUAUUUUUUCUUUUCAAUCUUUCUUUCCCUAUUUUCAGCCCUGAUCAGCGCCAUCGGAAUGCAGAUCAGGUCAUUCCGAGUGGUUGUUGCUGAUUGUAUUCGAAUAUUUGUGCGCGGAACGACGUUUGUUCCAGCCGCAGGCCCGCGGGUUUAGGGUUCCUUUUUUCGUGUUUGUUCAAAGGACACAAUCAAUGUGAUCUUCUUACCGGAGUCUUGAGGCCAUGUGAUAACUGAAUGUCACUUCUUUUUCGCUUAUAAGAGCCCUCAGGGUCGGAACGGGAGGAAAGAUCCGGUGAUUUUCGAAAUUAGUUUUGGAAGAGAGUGAUUGUAUCAAUGCGGGGUUUGGGCCACCAGUUUCACUAUUUUCAACAAGAUUUUGUACGUUUGUUUUGAUCAGUGAUUGUCAGAAGAUGCUCUUUGUGGGAUCAUAAUUGCACCUUUGUUGCCCUCGGUAGAUUGUAAUCUUGUUUACCGCUAUAUUGAUUAUAAUGUUAUCCCUUUAUUACCUUUGGAGUAAAACGAUGACUUAUUUUUUAUUUUUUUAAGCCAAAAUCCAACGGAACUCACCCCGAGCAAACGGAAUCCCCUGAGGACGGUGAUUCUCGAUCCGCUUCCAAAAACGGUAAAUAUAGUUGGAAAAAGCUGGAUAUCGACAUUCACUACAAGAACCGAGAGACCGAUCGAGUCUCGCCGUCGGGCCCGGCCAAGCGCUCUCGCUACGACAAGUUUGGCAAGACGAGGACCAUACGAAGAUCGCGGAGGGAUGGGCAAGCAGCGAAAGAGAAUAAAACGGCGAAUACUGUGGUGACGGACGAGGAUGAAAACGAAGAACAGGACUACUGGUAAGAUUUUACGUUUUUGGAAACGUCACUUUUAGAAUUCAAAAUGAUCUCACAAAAACAUGAUGACUAAUUUAUCUGUCACUUCUUAAUUGCCUUUUUACUUUUUGGCCGUCUUUUAUUUUCAAAAGCAAAAUUUGCGUAGGCCUUUGACUUUACUUUAUUUGAAUCACGAUUCCAAACACUGUUUUUUCCGUCGACUUUCACCGGUCAGCACAGAUUUCCCGGAUUUAUAAAGCCGAUUCUAUUAGUUCGAGACAGAUAUUUAUUAUUCAUUCUCGUAUUCUAUUCAUAUUGAAAGUUGGAUCUGGACAGUUUACCGUAACCCAAAUGCCCAUUUUUCGGAAAACACAGCCGGAUCGAUACUUUAGGUAGGUGUGUUAACGCGUUGUUGACAUGAUUUAGACAUUCAUAGCCUUGUCAGAAAAAAACAAUUAGGCCGAUUUUCAACGUCUUUUCCGAUAUUUGUAAAAAAUAUUUGGCCUAAAAACAUUUUUAGAAAUUCCCCUCGGAAGAUUCGUCGUUUCUCUCACUGUCUCUCCGCCCUCUCCUCUCUCCGUUUUCUCAAUUUUUAAACACUUUCUGAUAAAACAAAGGAGAGUUAUCUCUGCAGGGACCGGGCUUUUUCGACCCCAGUGGUAUUUAUUUUUAAAUAGUGUUUCUGAUUUUGGAGAUUAAGUAAUUUAGACGAAUUCUUCAUCGUGUCUACAAAAGCCAUUUUAUAAUAAAUAUUAAAAGGCAGCCAUCUCAUUUCACUUCCAUUUUACCUUUUUAUGGAAGGAAAGACUGAGGAGUUUUUUAGGGGUGUGCUUUUCUUGUUUUCCUUUCUCUGUCUUGUCAACGAUCAUUAAUUGUUUACUCUUUAUUUCAUUUAUCAUCUCGCUGAUAAGCUGCGUCGUAAGAUACGUCGGCGGUCACGUUGCGGACUCAAGUGAAACGUUGACGUUGAGAAACCGGGAGAAAGUAAUCCGGAGAGCACUUAUAGAAGAACGGCGGAGCGAUCGGUUGCAAAAAAUUCGCGAUAUUAAUCAUGGGAUAUCAAAGUAAAGAUUGUUUAUAUUGUGCUAUAAAUCACUGCUAUUUACAACCGACGUCCAAGCGACCUUUUAUCUCUUUCUUCACAUGACGUCGGUUGUUUUCCCGUUCUCGGACCACGUUGUUCCUGACGUACCCAAAAAACGCCCAUGUCUUUCGAAGCGUUCUUGAAGUAGCAUUUACCGUUUUUUACAAAUACUCUUGACUCAAAUUCCAUUUUUGUAGCUUAAAUCAGCUAAUCAUCUGGAAUGGAUUUGAAGAAGUGGCUUUCAUUAAUCCAAACCCCUCUGAUAAUCUUUCAAUUCAUGAUUAGAAAUUCACCCAACGUCAUCUUCCCUCUUUCAGCCACUUUUUUCUCGGGUUUACGGCAUUUGAGGAGGACGUGGAGAGACGGCCGCAGGGUCCCUUCCCCUCUCCCUUCCCCUUUCUCUCGUCUCCAUUCUUGUUUUGGUGUUCUCUUUUUUGGCACACGGACCGACUUACUGCGUUCCUUAUUUAAAUAAAAUUCAUUCGGCUUCUGGCCUUAAUCUCGUACAAUAUACAAGUCGCAUUUCGUUAAGAGAGCAGUAUCCGGCCGUUUCGCCGUAAAGCUCAAGCCUUUUGCGAAAAGUCGCAAAGCAGUUUUUUAUUACUGAGGGGGAUUACUAUGUUUACACAGCUCUGCAUAGAGAAACGGACCAACAAUGAUUCGUUGUUUGACAAUUGUCGAUUUGAAAGUUUUAAAAAUUGUAAAACGCUAUUGUAGCAACUUAUUUUAUUUCAGGUAUUUUGACAACACAUCAAACGGUUUCUAUUAUCAACAUUCCGGCACACAAGGCUGGAAACGCUCCAACGGCGUGCUAGACGCUCCAGAAGCGUCAUUCUCGAUUGAGCCCGUAGUUGCGUUUGUACCAACUACUGCUGACGCCACCGAAUUCGUCUCCUUCACUGACUCUGCACCUUUGGAUUCGGGCGAAGAGACCGAGGAAAAGGACCCAGAAGAAGUCAAUGAAAUAGAAGACGAAGAGGACGAGAACGAGAUGCCUUAUACCGGACAACCAGUGCAUCCUGGAAACGGGGUUAGUUUUUUUGUUAUGCAUUAUUCCUUGCUGUCUGAUGUAGCAUAAUUUAAAGAUUAUUUCUUAUAAUUAUUGAGACUUUUUGAAAGAAUGUAAAGACGCAUGCAACAAUACAGCUGUCCACACGAAAAUCUUUUCUGCCUUGGUUCCUCCGCAAAAAACACGCGUUUAACUAUCAACAGCCUUUCCCUUUCUAUUUCUCUGCCCGUUAAAACGGAGAAAAGAAUCAAUAUAGCCGGGUCGGAGAAUCGAUAGUGUCGUUUCGCGACUACAGUGACAGCCCAAAACCUUUUUUCCGAGGGGAAUUCUGUUGUUUAGAGGGAUUUUGUUGUUGAUUUUGUUAGAAGGCCAGUGUUUUUGAUCGAAAGUUAUGGUAGUUGAGGUAGGAUUUUUUAUGCGUCAUUACCUCAGUUUAAGUUUCAUUAAAUCUCGUUGCAUUAAGCUUAUAUUGACAUUUUCAGGUAGUAAAUUCAAACGGUGGCCUACGGAACGGUCCUCCAAGGGCUUCAAACGUAGGUACUGGACAUUUCAAACAAAAUUCGCGUGGAAGAAACGAAAACAGAAAUACCGAAGGUAAAUUUUUUGGUUAUUCUGAAUUUUGUUUGUAUUUAGGAGACAAAAAUCAUUGACGUUAGAGAAUAGGGACAAAUAAGCUUUCCCCGAUUCUUUUCAAUUUACAAGCAAAACUUUUUAAUUCUAGGAAAACAAACCGGUGGUCAUCGAAGAAAUUUUAAUAACAACAACAGUAAACCAACUAACGAUCAGUGGAACAAAAAUGCACAGAAUCCUCCACCGCCACAACAGAAAGCAGAUAGCACAAAUUCUGAAAAGCCAAAUGCCCAUAAAGCCUUUUAUCAAAGGAAUGACAGAUGGCAAGCGAGGAAUCCACCAAACCAGCCACCGAACGGCCAGCAGCAACCAAUCAGUGUUCAACGCGGCCCUCUGCCAGAUUGGGAUGAGGUUGCUGAAGCUGCUCAGGAUGGCGGUUUUGAUUACAUGGAUUUAAUGGAAACUCAGUAUUCUCAGUUGUGCGCUAUGAUGGCGUUGCCUCCCUUUGAUCCGACAAUGGCAAUGAAGGCAAAUCAAAUGCCAUAUAUGGUACCAUUUGUACCACAGAACGGCGGUCAGUUGUUCAGAGCUCCAGUAGUUACCGCUGGACCUCCUCCGCAAGCGCUGAACGCUACUACAAUGUCGCAUCCGGGUCUUCAAGCGGCAGCACAAGCUGCGCUGGACAAGAGGAUAAAGGCACAAGCCUCUAAACCUCAAGCUACCACGUCAACAGAUUCCCGACCAGAGUCAGUGGCAUCUUCUGUGACAUCCACCGUGCCUCCUACUCCAAAUGCGUUGUUAUCACCUAAUGGUGUACCAGUUCCACCAGUAAUUCGGCCACCAUUGGUUCCUCCUCCAAUGUUGCAGCCGUUUUUCCCAUCGUUUCCGGGUGUAGCGCCAGUGCCUUUAUUAACAGAAUUUAGGAAUGAGGACAUUAAGGCCGUCCUGUGCAAACAAAUGUAAGCGUUUUUGUUGUUUAAAUUGUGUGCCUUAUAUGCUGGUAAUAUGGUUAUUUGUAAAUUUCAGCGAGUAUUAUUUCUCUGUCGACAAUCUCCAGAAGGACUUCUUCUUGCGGCGACGAAUGGACAAAAACGGUUAUCUUCCCUUAUCUUUGAUCUCCAGUUUCCCUCGGGUUUCUAAUUUAACACGCGAUAUCAACGUAAUCGCCAACGCGUUAAUGGACAGUGAUAAGGUUGAGCUAGACAGUGCAAACAUGAGAGUGAGAACGAGGAUUAGCCCCGAGUCAUGGCCAAUGGAGUUUUCCAGUCAAAAGUCAGUCGAUGAAGAAGGAGAUCACACAAAGGAGGACUUGCCCGGUCCUUCAACGCCCACUUCAGAUGAAAAGAAAGAGGUUAAGGUUGAAGCCAAGCCACAGCCUAAAAAGGCAACGAAGGAAUCAAAACAAAGCGAGUACGACGUAAGUUUAAUCUCAUAAUCUAUUAUCUUCUGCUUUAGGAUGUUUUCGAAGAUCAACAAGGAGAGAAGCAAGAACAUCAUGCUCCUUCAGAGAAUUCUACGAAUUCUACCCCAAGGGUGUCGUACUCAGCUAUGGCUCAACAGUCGGCUCCAAAGGAUAAACCACAAGUUCAAAUUGUCCAGUCGCCGACAACCCCUUCGAAGUCGCAACCACAGACUCCAAAAUCGAAACCUACAUCUUCCAAGGACACCCCAAGAUCUUCUCGCGGUCCGCGAUCGCAGAGGGCGCAAAGCCCCAAAACUGAGAAAUCGGAGAAAGAGGAGAAGAAGGAAGGUGAUGACGACUGGCAAGAAGUUGCUCCCAAAAAGAAAAAGAAGCCAAGCAAACCAGAGGGACGCAGAAGAGGCAGACAUCACAACGCAGAAGGCGAACGCUCUGAACGGAGAAAAUCCUCAACCAAUGUGGAGAACGAGGAUUACAACACUGUGGAGGAGAUGCCCGAUCAGCAUAUCAAAAAACUCAUUAUUCUGACCCAAUCGCCGGCCACCAAGGCGAAGGAAAAGAGACUUAUGAGCGAAGAGAUUGAGCACAACCUCCGAAAGUACGAGGAGGCGCUGUGGCAGAAGGAGGGACGCCAAGAUGAGGUAAAAAACACUUUAUUGCGCUGUCUUCCCAUUUUUGUGCAAAUAGGUAUUCAGUAGUCAUGUUAAUUAUUCAGGCUAAAAAACCGGAAGACAGCGACAAACAGUCGAGUGAGACUUCCAGCGAAACCUCGUCUAACAGCAAUGAAAACAAAGAGCCUAAAGGCCCUGCGGGUUCGGUGUGGGCCAAGAAAGCCUUGGAAAGGGCCGCCGCCUCGGCAUCAAUGGUAAGCGGAUAUUUGAUGACCGAAAACGACCCAAUAAUUGGCAUUUAUUUCCAUUCACAUCAUAAAUUUUUAGCCCCGCAGUCCCAUUGCCAAGAGAGAACAGCAAGAGUCUAAAGUUCCUCGUUAUUAUCCAGCCCACAACAAAGAAAUUAAAGACCUAAAGAAGGACAAAAACUUGCAGCAACAAGUCUCCGUGGAGCAAGCGCACGGCAUGAAUGUUGGAUGGGUAUUGGGAGCUAGAAGUCGGAACAACUCAGUUAUUACCGCGUAAGUUGAUGCAUGGCAAGUAGAGAAAACAUGAAUUUUAUACGUCAUAAUCAUUCCCCUUUCAGUGACGAGACUUCGAUUUCGGUAUCUCAACCAAACUCGGUCCAUCCAUCAGUCGGUUUAUUCCAAGACAACGGAUUCGAAGAGCAAGUUUACUCUGAAUGGAAGGCGCGUUGUAUCGAGCAGCGCAAGGCUUGCGGUUACGAUGUCCCAGAGAUGAAUACUCUUUAUCGUUUCUGGUCGAUGUUCCUCCGCUCCAACUUUAACCGAAACAUGUUCACGGAAUUCCGUCGCUUGGCCUUGGAAGAUGCUGAUGCCGGCUUCAGAUAUGGAAUAGAAUCCCUCUUCCGAUUCUAUUGUUAUGGGUUGGAGGAGAAGUUCCGUCCUCCACUUUACGUCAACUUCCAGAACGAUAUCUUGGAUGAUGUGAGGAAGCGACAUAAGAAUUUCGGAUUGGAGAAGUUUGUCCAAUUCCAGAAGCGCUACAAGUUUGCGAAGCAGUUGGAUGUGAAUGCCGAGCUGCAGAAAGAGAUCAAGAAGUUCGAGAAAACCAGCGAAUACAAGAUUGUAAGGUUUAGUCGAUAAAUCGUUGACUGUGAAAACAAUUGUACCUUUAAGUUGAUUAAAUCCACCUUUUUUUAGUUUAUGCACAACUUCAAGAAGGAUCGAGAAGGCUUAGCGGCUGCCCAAAACUAG